AAAGGUGAAAAAGAUAUGACAGAAGUUCCGAAGAGUUGUCAGAAGAUAGUCGGAUUUUUAAAUUUAGAAGUUUAAAAUUUAGAAUUUUUAAAAUGAAGUUUAUUGCUUUGUUUUUGUUGCCAUUGGUUUUUGGUGCAGACCCACAGCCAUGCUGUACCAGAACUAAGUUCACGACUAGUUUGGUAGAAUUAGGAGGAUAUUUGGACCCCGUAUCAAAUAUUCCAACACCCGUAGACUUUACAGCCACAGUAUAUUAUGAUUAUGAUAACAAGAUGUUACGAGCUGACCGAGAUAUGCCACUAGCUGCUGGUGCCAUGCGAAGAGUAACAGUUAUAACAGACUUUAAUAAGAUGAAGCAGUAUACCAUAGUUGGGGGGAAGUGUAGUGUCCUAAAUGAAACAGCACCAAUGACAGCUAAUUGUAUACCGGAUAAUUCCACCUACAUAGCUACCUCGAAAAUAGGAUCAGGAAGCAGAAGCUUCUCUGUGAACACAUGGAAAAUAGCAAUGCCAACCUUCUUCAUAAAGAUGUCGAUGACAAAAGACCACUGUAUCCCGUUUUCUGAGUCGACAUGGGGAUCUGUUAAUAAUGUUGUAACUGAAAUAAACUACAUGUUUAUGGACUUUAAACCAAGCGUUCCUGAGAGAAUCUUUGAUCUUCCAGACGCCUGCAAUGGCCAUCAGCCUGGUACUGGUGUUGGUGUUGGCAGAAGAUCUAUGUUUUUACCAUAAAAUAUUCAUGAAAUA